GACAGGGAGGGGUCAUCGGGGACUGGUUCCUCUGAGUAGACACUGACGCCAAGGCCCUGGACAGGUGACCACAAUACGGCCUUACAGAUUCCUUGCUGUGUGUGUGAGAUUGCCCAGAUUUUCUCUCUGACACUGAAGUGCACCUUCCAACAGUUGAGGGGAUCCAGAAAGUAAUUAUGGACCUAAUGGAUGAAUUUAACGAUGAUUUUCCAACUGUCCUGGGAUUAUCACAAUCUACUCAGAAAGAAGAACCUGCGCAGGAAACAAGCAAAAUCAGAAUGGCUGCAGCGUGGGUGAGAAUCAACCGGGAAGCGGUGCUUCGAGGGCUGAGCGGCCUGGCCCUGGCCUCGGAGGCCCUGGCGCGGCUGCUGCGGCCUCGGCUGGUGGGGAGGCUGGUGGCGCUGCGGGCCCUGUCCCGCCGCCUGCUGCGCCAGCGCCUCGUGUCCCCGCCAGGCCCCGCUGGUGGGGAGCAGGCCAGAAGAAGUUCUUUCUUUGAAAUCAUUUCUAUUCCAGCAAAGACUGCUUUAACUGCCAUGAUGUAUGCUUCAUAUGCGGCACUAAUCUAUUUGGCAGUCUUAAUGAAUGCUGUGCUGGUGGCGGCCAGGAAUAUUUGUGAAGAAGAGGAAGUCAUACAGCGAAACAGAGAAAGUGAAAAUUCUAGAAAAGCCUUUUCAGAGCCAGUGUUCUCGCAGCCCAUGUUUCCUGAAGGUGAAAUCGAAGCAAAACCUUACAGGUCCCUGCCAGAGAAGCCAGGCACUUUGUAUCAUCCUGAACUGCCUGCUAAUAAGCAGAGUAACAAGAUCCAGGUUUUACAUUCAGUGUUUGACCAGUCAGCUGAAGUGAAUGAGCAAAUGUGAACACAAAUGACCCUGGAGAGAGCUAAGAGUUACAAUUUAAGGGACACAUUUCAUCUGACAGAGCUAGAUCAGUAUACAUAUAUGUAGGCCCUGCUUUAAUAAAAAUGGGGGAGACCAGUACUAAAACUAUUACCAAAUGUCAUUCUGUAGUCUUAUUUGGUAGAGAAAAUAAAAUCUUGAUGUAGACCAUA